AUGGCAACAGACUUCAGUCGAUUGACGGUGGUGGAGUUGCGCCAGGAGCUAAAGCGACGCAAUCUGCCACAGACCGGCAAGAAAGCCGAUCUGGUCGACCGAUUGAUGGCGUUCGACAAGGAGCACGGCGACCCAGACCAUCAAGGAGCGCGUGAUUCGCCGCCCGCUCAGGGCCCGCCAGCGGAGUCACAGCACGAGAGCAACUCGGACUUGCCAGCCCAAGCCAGCCCUGACACCUACCUGCGGCCCUCUGUUUCUGACGAUGCUCCCCCAACCUCCGCCAACAAUCACACGCGGAACACCACAUCCACGGCUGAGAGCUCAGGCACGACUCCCACUCUGAAACCAGCCAACGGAGACAAAGUCGACGAGACUGCCGGGAUUGAGCCUGCUACUGUCACGGAAAUCUUUAAGGACAGCGUGAGCAGGAAGCGACGGUCGCGAAGCCCUCCUCCCGAAAACGAUUCGACAAGGAAGCGCGCUCGCCCUAGCGACCAAACUGGCGAAGCAGAUGUAAAACCUGAGCCACGUGAAACUGCCCUCCCUCCUCCUGGCGAGAACCUAGCCGGCAGCGACACGCCCUCGGCAUCGGCUGAGCAGGCGCAUCCUGCUCAAUCGGUGAAGGACAACGGCGCCGCGAUUCGAGACUCGACGCGCGACGACCAAGAAGAAAAACAUGCGCUUGCAGAAGAGCGCACACAGCAUUGGGACAGGGAAAACAUACAGUCACAUCUCCCAUCGGAAGAGCGGAAGGUCGGCAUUGCUGAUGAGCGCCUGGCCGACUAUGACAGAGAAGUCGCACCAUCGCAGCACCCUGCUACACCUGCGCUCUACAUCAAAAAUUUCAUGCGCCCUUUGAGGGAGUCGGUCUUGCGCGACUAUCUGAUUGAACUCGCUGCAUUUCCCGGCGUUAAGCCCGACCCUGAUUGUGUGGUUGACUUUUAUCUGGAUCAAAUUCGCACGCACGCCUUUGUGCGGUUCACCAGCAUUUCUGCAGCCUCACGUGUCCGCACAGCCUUACACGGGACCGUGUGGCCCGACGAGCGCAAUAGAAAAGAGCUGUGGGUCGACUUCAUUCCCGAGGACAAGGUGGUGGAGUGGGCCGAUCGCGAACAGUCAGAAGGUGGACGAGGAUCUUCAGGCCGCUGGGAAGUCCUGUACGAGCCUGACGACGACGGCAUCAUUACUGCCAGGUUGGUCAACGCGGAAAUGGAGCCGGCCCGUCGCAAUUCCACAAGGCAGCCUCUCGGUCCCCCGCCGGUUCCAACCGGCCCUGCGCGCAACUACCCAGGCGUCGAGGGAGCGCCUUCGGGUCCGCGGGGUCGAGGAACGAACCACUACCGUCAGGCGCCGCCGCCACCGCCGCCCCCGGCCUCAAAUGCCUCCAGAGGCCGCGACUACAAGGUUACGCGCGCCUACCCGCCCUUGCAGUACCGCCCUGCGUCCGAGGAGCUAGCCCAGCGUCGGUUGGCCAACAUGAAUUACCACAUCACCAAGGAUCGCCACCGGGACCUGGGCCGGCCGGACGAGAUCAACAGAUACACCUUUGAGGACGGCGACCUGUUUGUUGACCGCGGCGAAGAAGCGUUCAUUGGCAUCCGCCCUCCUCAUCGCGAGCGCGAGCGUCGCCGCCUCGGCAUCGGCCGGGGCAAUCGGGGCCCGGCGCCACGCCGGCGGACGCCUUCCCCGCGCCGCCCGUCGCGCGAUGAUGACAGCUACCGCGGCAGUCGCGGCGACUACCACGACUACCGCGACCCUGAGCGCGGCGGCCGCUACCGGGACGACGUCCCGCGCUCCCGCUUCGACGGCCAGCCGCUCCCGACUUUCACCGGCGGCGGCCGCGGCGGCAGACGUGGUGGCGGCGGCAGACGGGACCGUUAUUAA